UUCACUGUUACUAUGUAUUGUGCUUCUUGCACAGUCUAGUUACUUUGAAUGCAAACUCUCGCCUCUCCCAGAGGCAACCCAGCUAUAGCUCUCUUCUGCCACUUACCGGUUUAAAACGAAGUCACGUUUGAUUUCAUAUGAAGUGUACAGUGUCUGUUUCUCCAGUUUCAGCCAGAACUGUGAGAGACCACCAGCACUUUGCAGCUUUCCAUCAAAAGCGGGAGACGUGGAAGUUGUACAGCAGCACCGGCUAACCUUCAUAUAAAGAGCCGUUGUUUUAAAUCACUCUGUCGGGAAUCUAAAGCAUUUAUUGAUUUGUAUUUUAAAAAUGUAUUACGUUUUACAGUUAUUUAAAUCGGUACUUGUUCAAAAAACGUGUUUUUAUAGAGAAUUUAAAUUAAUCCGGCUAGCUUUCUUUUUUCAAUAGAUUCGUUGUGAAUAGUGUGCUUAAAAAAAAAAGUUUGUAGCUCUGAUUGCUGCCUUAAAUACACUAUGGGGGAAAAAAAGUGACGCUAUGAAUUUUACCGAAUUCUACCUCCGAUUUGGACACUUUCCCAAGAACCUUUCUUCAUUUAACAACUUUAGUUUUCAGCACUCGAUUCCUUUCGCAGACAAUGUGCUUUUUUCGGGAUAUGAGCCCAGCACCAUCAUAUUGGUGAUCAUGUACUCGCUGUCCUUUAUUAUCGGGCUGGUGGGCAAUAUCAUGGCACUGAGGGUCCUUACGCGCAAGAAAAGGAACCGGCUAGCGGGAGUCUCUGCCACCAGAAGCCUCCUAAUUAACCUCGCCGUGUGUGACAUGAUGGUGGUGUGCAUCUGCAUGCCCGUUAACCUCGGACAUCAGGUCUACAAUGCGUGGAUCUUUGGCGACUUUUUGUGUAGAGCUGUCCCGUUUGUCCAAGCGGUGUCCGUCUCCGCCAGUGUCCUUAGCCUCGCAGUCAUCAGCUUGAACAGGUACUACAGCGUUCAUAACCCCCUGAACGCCAGGUCCUUCUUUACCUGGAGGAAGAUUUUUUGGAUGAUUUGUGUGGUCUGGGUUUUGUCCUCGGGGCUUUGCAUGCCGCUGAUCUUCAUGAACAAAACCAAGGACCUUGUUCUGCUGGACGGACAACAGGUAAUAACGGUGUGCAUGGAAACCUGGCCCCAUGUCAAACUCAGGCAAGCUUAUAACUUUCUGCUCUUCUGCUCCCUGUAUGGCUUUCCCGUUCUUUUCAACCUCAUCAUUUGCUUUCUCACUGGGCGCAAGCUGUGGAGCACCGAUGACAAGUUUAAAGACUAUAAGUGCAAUUUAGCUGCGUCCGGGUCGCGGCUGAAAGUGCGCAAGAAAAUAGCGAAGAUGGUAGUGGCUUUGGUAAUUCUGUUUACGCUCUCCUGGUUGCCUCUGUACGUGGUGGACAUUUGGAUCGAUUUUAACAUGUCCAGUGCCUCUGCUGAGGAAGAGGACCUCGAUCAUGUUCAGCAUGAAUGGAUUCUGCAAGCCAGACCCUUUGCGCAGUGGCUGGGGCUAACGAAUUCUACGCUCAAUCCUCUGUGCUACUGCUUUGUGGGGAACUUAUACAGAUCUGCCAAGAAGUUCAGAAAGAGCUACAGGAAAAAGUUCUCGGCUGUGUUGAGCUUACCAUUAGCCCAGACCCCACCCAUCAACUCUGUCCCGAGGUUGUUGUCUUACAGGGCUUCAGAUGGAAAUUCAGACUCACAAAUCUGCGGCUGGAGAGACUUUGGCUUUAACGAACAUCUCACUAAAAACAAGAGCGUCUCUGCUGUCACAGUGUGUGAAACGAUAUUCGACUGAGUAAAGCUGUCUAUAGUGCAUGAUGUACGGUACAUGUGUUUUUGUAAAGUAUUUAUAAUAAAUUUGUGUUCAAACUGUUGAUUUUUGGCUUUUA